UAAAGAGCCCUGACAAUAUAAAAGCACAAAUGAAACUACAAAUAAGAAAAUUAGGAGGGCAAUGAAAUGAAUGGUCUCUUCAUUGGUUUGACAGAUGCAUCGGUGAAACUGUAGGACAUGAAUUUGUUGCACAGCUUUGCGAACGCCAUCUUUAUGUUGGACCCAAAGUUGAUGAGGAAGUCAUGGUGAAGUUGGUGAUUAUGGUUCUGAUCAUCCUGCUGACCGUGUCUGGGGUCUCUCCUGCCUGUGGUCGAGCUGAAUAUCUUACAGGGCAUGAAUGCUGCCCUAUGUGUGGUCCUGGUUAUUAUGUACGGAAACACUGCACUGAUAUCACCAGUACGGCAUGUGUUCCAUGCCUGCCACCUACCUACACUGAUGCACCCAAUGGACUGCCGUCCUGUAAAUCUUGCACAGUUUGUGACUCGAGUGCAGGUCUAAGAGUGAAGAGGGCGUGCAGCUCCACUUCAGACACACUCUGUGAGCCUCUGGAAGGUCACUACUGUACUGACCCAAUCAAAGAUGGCUGCCGAGGAGCUGUGGAACACACAAAGUGCUUAUCAGGGCAGUACGUCAACCAGACAGGUACAGCAUCCACAGAUACUGUGUGUGGUGACUGUGUAGGCGACACAUACUCAAAUGGAUCAUUCACAUCCUGCAGACCACACACACAGUGUGAGUUGAUUGGACUUGUUGUGCUAAGAGAAGGAUCAUCAUUUUAUGACACUGAUUGUGGUCAAAGACAAAGACAACACAUUGGUGCCAUUGCAGCUGGUAUCAUAGCUGGUGUUGCAGUCCUAGCUGCUGCAUGUGGGGCUGUGGGAUUUAUAUAUAAUAGAUGGAACAAGGACAGGACAAGAACAGCUCAACAGGGAGAAUAGUGUGUCACUGAAAGCAUGAUAUUCUGGCUGUGUUACGACUGGGUGGUGAUGUGCAGGACUCAAACGCACGACUCAGAACACAUACAGUAGAUUGAAGAAUAAACGUUUACAAGCCGGGUUCGGUACACAGGUAGGCAGUCCAAGAGUAGCAAACAAAUCCAAACAGGGAAUAGGCAGCAGAAUAGUCGUUGUACAGGCAGAGGUCAGAAGCACGAGUAAAUCACAUUAACAAGGAGGAAGCGCUAAUCGCUGGAAACACGAGGAACAGCGGGAAAACCAAUGAACAUACCAGGUAACAUGUAAUUACGAAGACGCAACGAGAAACAAGAAUACAAGGACUAUAUAUACACACAGGCAACAGAUAACGAGGGACAGGUGAGAACAAUCAAGUCGGGGCAGA